AUGGCUUCGGACUCCAACAUGCUGCUCUCUCGGCACAUCCAGAAUAUGAGCGAGGCCAAGUCCCUCCAGCCUCACUGGGGAUAUGCGGAUCGAGCACUUCCGUGCACCAAUGACCCAGGCUCGUGCGAGUACUUGGACGUCGUCUAUCACAGCCACGACCUGGGUAUGUUAUAUUGCGGGAUCAUCUGGGCGACGAUCGGAGGCACCCUCCUCAUCUGGACACUUGGCAGGCGUCUCUUUCCACCGGUCGAUCAAGACCAGAGCCGGCUUCUGAUCGCGGAGAGCCAGGGAGCCGACAACAAGCACCACAUCCACCGCCUGAAAGAUUCCCUUGCAGCCCUGAGCCGUCAAUACUUGCUUCCAGAAUCCCUCCAAGCAAUCUUCGGCCGGACGACUCGUCUCCAAGUGCUGGUCCUGCUCACAUUGACGGGGUAUCUGACCGUCUUCUCAUUCGUGGGGAUUGAAUACCACACAUGGGUGACUCCCGUCAAGAAUAUGCCAGGGGUAAACAAUACUCGUACCAGCCUGGGCCCGUGGUCGGACCGGGUUGGAGUCCUGGCGUAUGCCCUGACGCCAUUGUCGGUAUUGCUGUCGAGUCGCGAGUCAUUGCUCUCAAUUAUCACGGGCGUGCCAUAUCAGAGCUUCAACGUCUUGCACCGCUGGCUCGGCUACAUCAUCUUCAUCCAGUCGGCGCUGCACACGAUCGGAUGGUGUGUCGUCGAGAUGAGAUUGUAUCAGCCUCAGCCCACAGUGGGGCUCGAAUGGAUCCAACAGAAAUACAUGAUAUGGGGAGUGCUCGCAAUGUUCUUCCUGACCGUGCUGUUCGUGUUGAGCACACCGUGGGCGAUCCGCCGGACGGGAUACGACUUCUUCAGGAAAUGUCACUACGUGAUGGCGAUGCUGUACAUCGGCGCCUGUUGGGGCCACUGGUCCAAGCUGAAUUGCUACCUCAUUCCGUCCCUGGUAGUAUGGUUCAUCGACCGUGGAGCACGUCUAGCCAGGACGGCACUGCUACAUUACAACUACCUCCCCAACGGCGGGAUGGGCUUCCAAGCGGCAAACGCCACGAUGACACGAUUUCCAGACCCUGCCAAUGGGGACUUGGUCCGCUUGGACUUUGUACACCCUAGCGGGCCCUGGGAAGUCGGCCAACAUUUCUAUCUCUGCUUCCCCAAGAUCUCUAUCUGGCAAUCGCAUCCAUUUAGUCCUUGCAGCCUGCCAGGAACCGAACCCCAGGGUUCAGUUCAUUCGUACGUCUUGCGCGCGAAGAAUGGGGCGACGAGAGCCGUGGCAGAACUGGCAGCAGCAAAGACUAUCGCUUCCGCCCACGACAGCAAGGUAGCUGCCACUUCGGCCGCGACGACCUCGGUCCUCCUCACUGGGCCAUACGGUCGGUCAAUCAGGGACCACUUGACGCCGAAUACGAAUGUCCUCUGCAUUGCUGGGGGCACGGGCGUAACCUUUGUUCUGCCCGUGCUUCUCGGCUUAAUCGCCCAGCGCCCAGUCCCCGACCGCAAAUUGGAGCUCGUGUGGGCUGUUCGGAGGGACGCCGAUCUCUCCUGGGUGAGGCAAGAGCUUGAUCAACUGCGCCGGUCGGCAAUGUUGCAUGAUAUGAAGAUUCGUAUCUUUGUCACGAGGAUCUGCCACGCGGAUCCUGGAACCCCCGACCUCGAGCAGGUUGAGGGAACGGAUGGAAGGCUUCAAGACGACAGAAUACAAGUGUCCUCGGCUUCUGUCUCGUCGGCGUCCUCCCACCAGGUAAAGAAGGACAAAGAGGCCAUGUGUGUCGAUACCUUAUCGAUCCAUCACCCGGCCCUACCCAAUCCUGAGCCCCACAAUCGCCGCCCAGAUCUCACCAGUAUCACUCAGGAAUUUCUUGAUACGACGAUCCGUGGCCCUACCAUCGUUUAUGCUAGUGGGCCGGGCGAGAUGGUUUCGGAUCUGCGAAGGAUUGUUGCGGGCUGCAAUUCUGGCGGGAAGGUGUGGAAGGGGAGGGAGAGAUACGACGUUAGACUUGUCUGUGACGACCGCAUGGAAUGGUAG